UCGCUUCGAAAACACGAAGUAACAGUUGCUACCGUCGAGUUUCGUUUAUGACGUAGUAUGUCACGCAUGCUGAAAAGUUGUCGGGGCUCUUACUAUUCUGGUGUUCCGGAUGUCGUCGGUCAAGGCGCGGCGUUUCACGUCGUGGGGGUGUGUCGCAUGGUUUGUCGGGUCUUUGUUUUCGAGUUGUUUGGAGCACUCGAACAUGCAUACAAGCAACAGCGUGAAGCGGUUAUACAACUGGUACCUGUGUGAUGGUCGUCAACGUCUCGACUUUCGAUGUAUUCCCGGCGGACGCAUCGGCUGCUGACAUGGAUGGUGAACUGGUGUUGCAUUACACGGAGAUGAGCGGCUCGCUUUUGCGCGAUAGCCUGUCUGUGUGCACCGCUGCGUGCAAGAAAUACCCGGACAGUCACGAGAAGGCCGCCAAACGCAUCAAGCAGACCAUGGACAGGCGCCAUGGUUCCUCUUGGCACGUUGUCGUUGGUGCUUCGUUCGGUCUUGAAGUGACUCACGAAGCUUGUGAUGCUGAGCCGAAUGGCAUGGAACCGUGCGCCAAGGAGCAGUCGCAAGGAAACUAUUUCGACAUUGCGCCGCUCUUACGCCAACAUGAAAAGAAGCUCCGGCGAGAAAUCGUUCUGCUCUCCAUCAGACUCGAAUCCUCUUCUGGCCGGAAGAAGCAGCAAGAUACCAAGCGGGAGCAGAAGCACUGGGAGCAACUGAAGGGCUCCAUCCUUGACGCUCAGCUGGGUGGCGUCUUUUCCUACAGUCUACCCAACCUGGAGCAGAUCAAACAAGCCGUGCUAUUCACAGAAAGCGCCGGGCAGAGCACGCUGAACAAGCGGUCGUCCUUCAGCGAAGUCCGCAGCGCGUUCCCGGAGGACCCCGUGAGCCACGCCGACGAAGAGGUCGACGAGGGAUUUAGGACUCCAGCGUCAGGGUACCCCUCCGGAAAUGCCUCGGGGUAUGCCUCGCCCCACUCGCAGAGGUCCUGGGCUGAACCUGGAACUUCGGGGCGACCGAGCGCACUUCCCUCGACGUCUUCUUCCGCUGGCCUCGUGCAACGCUGGAGAAGUCUAGACCACAGCCCAAAGUCCAGGGUUGACUCUAUCGGCUUCAAGGCAAAGGUGAAAGCGGUCAAACGGAAGCGCCUGGUACAGUCGCCGUCCCGAAUCACAGAAGCAGAGUCGAGGAGUCAGUCGCCGGCUCGACAGCGGGAAGCGGGAGCGUCGAGUGAAGGAACAAGCCAUCGCCACCACCACCGUCAUCAUCAUUACGAGCAGGGGCAGGAAGAACAGCCGUACGCGCAAGAAGAGGAGUCCGCUGAUAGCAGGAGGGCCGCAGCAACGCUCGAAGAAAUGUACGCGUCGCUCGACAGGCUAUCGAGGAUAGUAAGCGAGAUGGCGCUGCUGAUUAGCGUGAGCACGGCGCAUAGCGGGAGGCUGGACGAGGGACAUCGUCGGAGGCCGUCCAGUCCGGCGGCAGUGAGCAGGUCGGGCCGAUCCCGGAGCAUCAGCCGACACCCCAGUCACUCCUCGCGCGACCGUUCGGCGAGUGCGGCUCCGUCGCCCCCGGGAUCACCGGCGCCACCUGUUCGAAGAUCAAGCCGCUCGACAGGACGCGUCUCUUCGCGGGACACCGCCUCAUUCCCGCCUUCCCACGAUGAAGAGAGUCGAGAGAGUCGUCGGAAGAGAGGAAAGCGCCCGAAGCCUCAGCGACGUCAAGAACACGACUCCGUUGCGGAGACAUGCGCCGUGCCGAUCCUGAGAAGAGCCAGUGACCAGGAGGUCGUCACUCAAAGCGGUCCAGUGGUGAAUUCGCGCGCUCCGUCCAAUUUAGACUCCACUAACGGCAGUGAAGACGUUUCCAGCCACUCUUCGAGAAGUGGAAGCUACUCCGAAAUCUCAGUUUCGCAGGAGGAAGAGAGUGGUGUUGAAGAGGGUAACCGCGUCGUUGUGGAGGAUAGCCGUCCGGGGUCAUCCUUCAGGCCUACGUCGGUUCGUUCUGACGACGAGCGAAUGCUUCUCUCGUCGCAGACGCAAUCUCCCGGGCUCUUCUACGAACACCCGCCUUUCCUUCCUCAAGACGCGCUGCCGGCAGACCACGGUGCCUUCGAGGCAGCUUCGCUUCAGGAGGACGAAGACGGCGGCCGUCUGAGUCCUGGCGAAGUCCCAUUCGCCUCUGAAGGCCCACUGCCUUUUGUCGAGCCGAGGUUCCCGGUUCUGGAGACGCAGACCGGAGGACAGGAGCGAGGUUUCAGAGGCAUCGCCAGGGGUUCGUGCUGGUCCGAUCCCGGGCAUCUCGUGAGCGAGCUGUUGAACGUCGAGGACUUCGACGACGGCGUCGACGCGUUUCCCUUGUUUCGUCGUGCUGAUGACCGUUUGCCGCACGGUGGGAUACCGAUCGAGCAAGGCGCUAGGGACGACGACACGUCUCAACACAUUUGGCGCUGGGCCAACAGCGAGACCGACCGAGUCGUGGACGAGGCUGCCAUGAGGAGGCUCGAGCUAUUCAAGACUACCUACGGCGGCAACAUUGAUGGCCAGCCGCCCUACAUGAAAUCCGCCAACCUGAGGCUGGCGUCGACUCCGAAACGUGUUGGACAGCGGAUGUGCCAAGUGCAAGUCGUCUGCAUCAUCACGCCCAUCGCGCAAGAGACAAACAGCGAGCCGACAAGUACCGCGCGCAUGCAGGCCGCCCGUACACCGAGCCUCCCUGAGCGAAAAGCUCAGUGACGAAGGUCACGUGGGCUCGGUUCUUCGUCCACCUCCGUCCAAGAGUGCGGCUAUACUAGUAACGGAAC